AUGCCCCAGAUGACUGAGCCCUUGUGGACUCCCGAGGCAGCCGUGCCUGAAAAGCUCCACCAUCUUUUGACUAGUAAAUCUAGACUCAACAGCAUGCUUGCAUUCACCCAGAUCGUCAGGCUCUUGAAGACACAACCCCGUACUGGCUGGGUUGACCGUGGUGUCCCAGUUGCCAAGACUGAGUCCAUCGCUGACCACAUGUAUAGAAUGUCCAUCAUCGCCAUGACGAUUCCAAACAAGGAAAUCAAUGUUGACCGUUGUGUAAAGAUCGCUUUGGUCCAUGACAUUGCCGAGUCUUUGGUGGGAGACAUUACGCCAUUCGGCGGCGUCACCAAGCAGGAGAAGCACCGCAGGGAGCUGGAUACCAUCGACUACUUGGUGAAGGUCGUUUCACCUUACAACAGCGAUUUCGCCAAAGAGAUGAAAGAGUUGUGGCUUGAGUACGAGGAGAUCCGUACUCCUGAGGCCGUUUACGUCAAGGAUAUCGAUAAGUUUGAGAUGAUCCAGCAAGCUUGGGAUUACGAACAGGACUAUGGCUUGACAUAUGACUUGAACGAGUUCUACAACUCGAGAUCAGCCAUCAAAACCCCAGAGAUCGGUGAGCUUUGUGAUGAGUUGAUUAGACAACGUACUGAAUUUGUGGAACAGCAAAAGCAACUCCAACAAAAAUAA